UCAGUUGAGGGUUGCAGCGACCGCCAAGCGCUUGGCAGUCUUCUUCGUCUUGGAAAGUCUUGCAAGUCUUGCUGCUGAUAUUUCUGGUUGCGUUUGUUUUUAAAACGCUGUCUUGUGGUAUUGCCUUGACUGGGCUUACAAGUUGGCGCCAAAGUUUCUUCAGUUUAACGUGUUUACAGCGUUUUCGAUAGCUUUAAUUUUAAAGAAUAUUCACAAAUGGCAGAUUCUAGUGCUGACCGGUUAGCCGUUAUUCACCGACAUCUUACAAAGGAUUCCGGUGACAAGGUGGCACCGAAAAUACCAAGUUCGAUUCCCAAAAAACGACAAGAAUUACUGCGAUGGAACGGAUGGGGUUACGAAGAUUCUGGUUUCGUUUUGAACAAUCUCGGCACAGGGCAACAUCCAAAAUAUGACAUUAUUUUCAGUGGCGGCCGCUAUGAAAUCGCCAGCGCAGAUCUCCCACACCUUUAUGACUGGGCCUGUACAAUAAUUGGUGUUCAUCCUGAAAAAAAGAAGGAUCCUCAGGGUGAACCAAGUUAUCCAGAACCCAUUUUGAAUGAAGGUUUUGUCAAUGACUUGAAGAACACCAGCAUGACAUUCUCUUUCGAGGGGAUGGACAGACUAUUCCGUGCCCAUGGCCACACACUGCAUGACAUUGCCCUCUUAAGGGGAGGCCAAUUUCUCAGGAUACCAGAUGUUGUUGUUUGGCCAGAGUGUCACUCUCACGUGGAAGAGUUAGUAGCCUUGGCCUCUAAAUACAACGUCGCUGUUGUACCCAUCGGAGGGGGAACGAACGUAACCGGAGCAGUAGACUGUAAACGCGACGAACAACGAAUGAUAGUCUCAUUAGAUACUUCACAGAUGAAUCAAAUUUUGUGGAUUGACGAUGGGAACUUGGUUGCGCAUGUCGAGUCGGGUAUUAUUGGAAAAGAUCUCGAAGAUCGAUUACAGAAAAGAGGCUAUACGACAGGCCAUGAACCGGAUUCAUAUGAAUUUUCGAGUCUUGGGGGAUGGGUAGCCACAAAAGCUUCAGGCAUGAAAAAAAACCGCUACGGAAAUAUUGAAGACUUGGUGGUUGCACUAAGGGCCGUGACGCCCAGCGGCGAAUGGCGAAGCAGCGGAACUUAUCCAAGGGUUUCAACAGGUCCAGAUAUGAACCAUGUGAUGAUCGGGUCUGAAGGAACAUUGGGAGUAAUCACAGAAGUAACCAUAAAAAUUCGGCCCAUUCCACCAUUACGAAAAUAUGCUUCGUUUGUCUUUCCGGAUUUCGAUUGUGGCGUCAAAUUCAUGAGACAAGUAGCCCGUGACCGCUGUCAACCGGCUUCCCUGCGUCUCAUGGACAACCAGCAGUUCCAGUUUGGCCAAGCUUUGCGCCCAUCAAAGGGUCCUUUUGGGCUUUUAGUCGAUGGUCUGAAGAACUUCUAUCUGACUCGCUUGAAAGGAUUGGACAUUAACAAAAUUUGCGUCGCUACCAUUGUAAUGGAAGGGACCAUCAAAGAAGUAGCUGUUCAAGAAGAAAAGCUCAACACUAUAGGCCUUGAGUUUCAAGGAAUCCCUGCUGGAGAGCACAACGGAAAACGGGGCUAUCAACUGACUUUCGCCAUCGCCUACAUCAGAGACAUUGUGUUGAAUUAUGGUGUUGUUGCAGAGUCCUUCGAAACGUCUGUACCGUGGGAUCGAGUCGUUAACGUAGUUAACAACACCAAAAGCCGUUUGGAGAAGGAAUGCGCUGAUCGCAAAUUUUCGCAUUCUUUUAUUUCGGCGCGAGUCACUCAAGUAUACGAUGCCGGUGCCUGCAUUUAUUUCUACUUUGCCUUCAACUAUGGAACGAUGAGCAUGCUGCAGGCGGUAGAGGUGUACGAAGAGCUAGAAAUAAUCGCCCGCAAUGAAAUCAUGGCAUCUGGAGGCUCCUUGUCGCACCACCACGGCGUAGGCAAAAUCAGAAAGAAGUGGCUGCCUUCCAUUUUAACUUCCAAUGCCAUCAAUGUGCUUCAUUCCAUAAAAAAUACCGUUGAUCCCCAAAACAUUAUGGCAGCUGGUAAUCUGGUUUUUGACUAAAAUCAUUAUCUUUAAUUUCGUGGCCCAUUGCGGAGGAUUUUACAUUUAUUUCAAAUUUCCGAUAUACAGUACCCGCCCUUAGUAUCCGAACGCUAGGGCCAUUUAACCCAGCGUCUUAUGGCGAAUGUUGUGUAGCGCGGAUAGGGAAAUGGGUUAGUCAAAAUUAGAAUAAAGCUACAAAAAAUGUUUCUAGUGUUAAAUAAACAAUAAGCUAUCUA